AGGCGCGCCCGCGCCGCCGGAAGUUGCCGCGCUGUUCUCGGCGCCGGGGCCGUGGCCGGAGGGUCGAGGGGCUCCAUGGAGCAGCCAGCGCCGGACGCCGCCGGCGACGAAGCCAUGGACGCAUUCCUGGAGAAGUUCCGCAGCCAGCCUUACCGCGGCGGCUUCCGCGAGGACCAGUGGGAGGAGGAAUUUGCAAAGAUCCCGCUCUUCAUGAAGCAAGCGCCGUCGGAGGUUGACCCGCGGGAGAACCCUGACCUGGCCUGCCUCCAGUCCAUUAUUUUCGAUGAGGAGCGAUCUCCAGAAGAACAGGCCAAGACCUAUAAAGAUGAGGGCAAUGAUUACUUUAAAGAAAAAGACUAUAAAAAAGCUGUGAUUUCAUACACUGAAGGAUUAAAGAAGAAAUGUGCAGACCCUGAUUUGAAUGCUGUCCUUUAUACCAACCGGGCAGCAGCACAGUACUACCUGGGCAAUUUGCGUUCUGCUCUCAAUGAUGUGACUGCUGCCAGAAAGCUCAAACCCUGCCACCUCAAAGCCAUAGUAAGAGGUGCCUUAUGCCAUCUGGAACUGAAAAACUUUGCCGAGGCUGUGAACUGGUGCGAUGAGGGGCUGCAGAUAGAUGCCAAAGAGAAGAAGCUUCUGGAAAUGAGGGCUAAAGCAGACAAGUUGAAGCGAACUGAACAGAGGGAUAUAAGGAAAGCAAAAGUGAAAGAAAAGAAGGAGCAGAAUCAGAAUGAGGCUUUACUCCAGGCUGUCAAGGCUAGGAACAUCAAGUUAGUCUCGGAAGCUGCCGGUGAGGAUGAAGAUUCGGCCUCAGAGUGUCCUGGUGAGCUUUUCCUGGAUGGGCUUAGCUCUGGGAACCCCUGUGGAGCCAGGCUGAGUGUAGAUGACCAGGGCAGAUUGAGCUGGCCUGUGCUUUUUCUGUACCCAGAGUACGCCCAGUCGGACUUCAUCUCAGCUUUUCACGAGGACUCCAGGUUUAUUGAUCAUCUAAUGGUGAUGUUUGGUGAAACGCCCUGUUGGGACUUAGAGCAAAAAUAUUGCCCUGAUAAUUUAGAGGUCUACUUUGAGGAUGAGGACAGGGCAGAACUGUACCGGGUGCCUCCCAAGAGCACCUUGCUGCGAGUGCUGCAGCACCCCAGGUACUUUGUAAAAGCCCUGACCCCGGCAUUUUUGGUCUGCGUAGGAUCCUCUCCUUUCUGUAGGAAUUAUCUCCAGGGGAGAAAGGUACACCAGGUAAAGUGACGGAGCCAGGCUGUGGGAGCCAGGCCCCCUGGAUCUCCUCCCUCACCCUCCUCUGCCUGGAAUCCAGCAUAAAUCAGCUGGACAGACUCUUAUUUCUGUCACCCUGGGGACAGUCCUUCCUCGCAUCGUGGUUGGGCAGGAGCUGCUGACUUCCCUGAACUGCCGCCCUUCGGGUCAAAGUGCUGAGUCCAGCUGGUCUUCACUCUCCUCCUCUGAUACAAAACUCCGUUUCUCGGUCAUGACAUCCUGGGACUCACUGUGAGCUGUGUUAACCACGAGCCUCCAUCUCCGAAGGGACCGUCUGCUGCAGUUCCGCAGCACCUGACCCGAGGGACUCACUGGCCUGUGGCCAGAGGCAGGGUCCAGUGACACGGUUCUGAACCUUUGUGGAGUUAGAGGCCUUCGAGAAGCUGCCCCUCCAGCCGCACAUGCCCGCAAACCACACGUGUCAUUUUAGGGCACUGAAGAGCCCCCGGCCUCCAGGCACUCCACGAGCACAGAGGGUGCUCCGUGGGGAUGCCGCAGGUGCCUUGGGGUGAGGAGAGCCGAGUCCUGGCUCUGCAGCCAUAAAGCCUACAAACUGGGAUCUUCCAGAACCCCUAAACAGUUUGCCAGUUUUCUUGAUCUCUGCAGUAUGGAGAACCGUGACAGACGUGGACAGUGGACUCUGAGUGCCUCUCCAGUUUUCACAUUUUAGGAUUUUGUGCCUUUUAAACUGGAAAAUCUUUUUGCAUGCUGUCAUUGUUGUAGGUUCUAUUUUUGUCUGCAGCUGUUUGCCCCUCCUUCCUAGAGGACUUUAUGUCUCCUUACCUGGAGCCAAAGGACUCCUGGCAGUGCGUUCCCCAGGGAGGAACGCACUUCCCUGCUCCUGACAGGGGGCGUGAGCAGACGUGUCCACACAGAAGCUCGAGGGGCCAGAGUGCUCUUUCCCCUCUGCCAUGAGAACCUACUUCCCAGAUAGGGGCUGUUCCUUCAGCCUCUGUGCCAGAAUGGUAAGACACGCGGAGCAGAGCUGAUGCGGCUGGCCUGCAGCCAUUGAUUGUAACAUGAAUGAGAAAUAAGUGUUUGUUGUAGUAAUAAGCACUGAGAUUUGGAGCUGGUUACUAUAGCAAAGCUAACUAAUACAUCAUUAAACUGAAACCAGCUGCUGUCCUUACGAUGGA